AAAAAAAAAUGCAUCUCUCAAAGUAAGUGUGUGUGUGUGUGUUUCUUGUUUUUGGAACUCUCAAUAUUGUGUUUUGUGUUUGUUCUCUAUCUCCACCACAACCCCUCUUGUGGUGUGGUGGUAUUGUUAUAAUACUCCCUACUCUCUAGCUACUUCAUACUGAUCUCUCUAAUCUCUAUAUAUAUAUCACACUUUUCCUACAUAAGAAAACCCCUUGAGUGAAGUGAUUCAUAAGUUCUUGAGUUGAUUACUUAAUUGAAACAAGUCAAUACACAAUAUGGGAUUCUCCAAAGUCAUCUUAGUACUAAGCAUUGCGCUCGCCUUCUUGGUUUCUUCAAGUGUUUCUCAUAAGAUAUGGUCGCAAAAAACUCCCCAUGAUCAACAAGUUGACAAUGUGCAUCAAACUUCUCCAACAUUGCCUAGGAAGCUCAAGCAUGAUCAUGAAGAGGCAAACGUUAAAAGUGUUGGAAACGAGCAUUUCAUGCCAUUCAAAGUGAAGGAAGAAGCUCUACCAGGUAAAUUGCAAAACAAAGAAGGGGUUGAAGUGGAAGUGAACAAAGAGGCGGAUCCUUCUCAAUUCUUCACCAUGGAUUAUCCUUGUGUCAAGCGUAGACGUCCGAUACACAACACAGAUGUGCAUUGUUGAACCAUUAAUGGAAGUAAUUAAGAAAGACACAAUAUCUUAUUAUUAGUUAUUGCUACUAAUCAAUAGAUAUGUAGUUUAUAAGCUAUAAUAGUACGUAUUUUCAUUAAUUUCAUGGAGAUUAGAUUACCUCAAAAACCAAAAAAACUCACACACUCUUGUAGUCUUGUUAACGAGGAAACCGAUUUUGGGGAAAACAUUUUGCGUGGUUUGUAAAUUAGGGAAAUUAGGAAGUUGUUGUCUUGUAGUUUUGUCAUGGCCGACAUAAGCCUACCUUAUUACGUUAACUUUUUCUUCUAACUAAGCCCUCCAAGGGGG